UUUUGCCACUCACCCCCAAUUCCCUCUUCCCACCACUUAACUCAAAUUCAAUGGCUGCAUGGUAAUUAGAUCCUAAACCAGACCCCUUUCAAAUACCAAUCCGAAGCCGGGCUUUGCUUUGAUCGCCACUCUCACUCUCCGCGGAGUUCCCAAAGCUAAAACAACAGAACACACGUUCACUUUGUUUUUGCUUUAUAAAAACCCAAAGCGUUUUUCUUCAUUUCUCAAAACACUCUUCACUUUUCGCUCCCUUUCUUCAAAUUUAUCGCUCGGGAUCCUCGCCGUCGCUCUCAUGGCUGCUGCUGCCGGAUCCGCCGUCAUCACGUUCAAAUCCACCGGAGGAGUUGUCACGAAGCCUGGAGGUUCCGCCGAUCGACGAGUUGCAACCUUUCAGCAUUGCUCUCCGGUUUCUGGCGGAAUUGGAUCCGCUCAGCUCCGAGCUUCGAUUGGCCUUCAGUGCAGAUCGAGGAGUUCGUUUGCUUCUUCCGGUGUAAGAGCUCAGGUUGCCACUAUUGAACAAGCAAGUGCUGAAGCAGCACAAACCGUGGAAGCCCCUGUUGUUGUUGUGACUGGAGCUUCUAGAGGUAUCGGAAAAGCAAUUGCAUUGGCCUUGGGGAAAGCUGGUUGUAAGGUCUUGGUUAACUAUGCUAGGUCAUCAAGGGAAGCUGAAGAAGUUUCCAAGGAGAUCGAGGCAUGUGGUGGUCAUGCUAUUACUUUUGGAGGAGACGUUUCAAAAGAGGCUGAUGUGGAAGCAAUGAUUAAAGCUGCAGUUGAUGCAUGGGGAACAGUUGAUAUAUUGAUAAACAAUGCAGGAAUUACUCGGGAUGGGUUGUUGAUGAGAAUGAAGACACCACAAUGGCAGGAGGUCAUUAAUUUGAAUCUCACAGGUGUAUUCCUCUGCACACAGGCAGCAGCUAAAAUUAUGAUGAAGAAGAGAAAGGGAAGGAUAAUUAAUAUAGCAUCAGUUGUUGGUCUGGUUGGCAAUGUUGGGCAAGCUAAUUACAGUGCUGCGAAGGCAGGAGUAAUUGGCCUUACAAAGACUGUUGCAAAGGAGUAUGCUGGCAGAAACAUUAAUGUUAAUGCUGUUGCCCCUGGGUUCAUUGCAUCAGAUAUGACUGCUAAGCUUGGGGAAGACAUUGAGAAGAAAAUCUUGGAAACCAUCCCCUUGGGAAGGUAUGGCCAACCAGAAGAAGUUGCUGGACUGGUUGAGUUUUUGGCCCUCGAUCCUGCAGCCAGUUACAUUACAGGACAGGUUCCAGAUUCUAUUUCAUUUUCAUAUUUCUUCCUUUUUUUCUUUGACUGCAAGUUCCAACUGACAAACCUCAUGGUCUUGGCUCCAUUGUAUGCUGACACAAAAUCACAUGUUUCUGCAACUCAUUGGUUAAAAAGUGUGGCUCAUAUGGGGCCAAGCCUGUGUCACGACUUUGCCUUUUCACUCCUGUUUCAACCAACCUAGUUGCUUAGUUAGGUCAAUGAUUUCUAUCGCAGGUGUUCACUAUCGAUGGAGGAAUGGUGAUGUAGGUCAGCAAUCUAUCUCACCUGGUUGAAGUCCAAAUGAAGCAUCUGAGAUUCAGAGGACUAGUGGCAGUGGUACUGUAUUUCAUGGCUUAAUUAAGUAUAGCCGUGUUUUAGGCAAUUUUCCCCCAUUUUUUCUUUCCUCUUUUUGCUCAUUGUAAACAAUAAAAGGACUAGUGAGGUAAGUUUCAUAGAAUUUCAGGCAUGUUUAACGAAACCAAACAGUGUAGAAUGCAGCCUAUUUUUCAGGCUGCUUCUGGCAUUGUGGAAAUUUUAAUGGCACGGAAAAUCUCUCAAGUGGGAAAUUGACAAACUUGAA